GCGGGGCGGGAUGCGCGCCGCGGGAGCGAGCCUGGCCGUCCUCAGGGCCGCGGAGAAUCUCGCUGGGCACCGAGGUUCCCAAUAAGGCUGCACAGAGGAACCCGCUGACUGUGGCAAUGGAGGGGGGCCCAGCGGUCUGCUGCCAGGACCCUCGGGCAGAGUUGGUGGAGCGAGUGGCAGCCAUGGAUGUGGCCCACUUGGAGGAGAUGGAUGGCAGCCCAGAGCCCACCAGGAACUGUGUGCACCCUUCACCACGGGCCAGAGCUGCCUCCGUGAUCCCCGGGGGUACUUCAAGAUGCCCUGCCGCCCGGCCCGGCCUCUCGGCUAGGAAGUUCUCCCUGCAGGAGCGGCCAGCGGGGAGCUGCCUGGAGGCCCAGGCUGCGCCUUACGCCACAGGGCCUGCCAGCCACAUCUCCCCACGGGCAUGGCGCAGGCCCACCAUCGAGUCCCACCACGUGGCCAUCUCGGACGCAGAGGACUGUGUGCAGCUGAACCAGUACAAGCUGCAGAGUGAGAUUGGCAAGGGUGCCUACGGCGUGGUGAGGCUGGCCUACAACGAAAGUGAAGACCGGCACUAUGCAAUGAAAGUUCUUUCCAAGAAGAAGUUACUGAAGCAACGAGGCUUUCCACGUCGCCCUCCCCCUAGAGGGUCCCAGGCUGCCCAGGCAGGACCAGCCAAGCAGCUGCUGCCCCUGGAGCGGGUGUACCAGGAGAUCGCCAUCCUGAAGAAACUGGACCACGUGAAUGUGGUCAAGCUGAUCGAGGUCCUGGAUGACCCAGCUGAGGACAAUCUCUAUUUGGUGUUUGACCUCCUGAGAAAGGGGCCGGUCAUGGAAGUGCCCUGCGACAAGCCCUUCCCCGAGGAGCAAGCUCGUCUCUACCUGAGGGACAUCAUCCUGGGUCUUGAGUACUUGCACUACCAGAAGAUCAUCCACAGGGACAUCAAGCCAUCCAACCUGCUCCUGGGGGACGACGGGCACGUGAAGAUCGCCGACUUCGGCGUCAGCAACCAGUUUGAGGGGAACGAUGCUCGGCUGUCCAGCACGGCCGGGACCCCAGCGUUCAUGGCCCCCGAGGCCAUUUCUGAGUCCGGCCAGAGCUUCAGUGGGAAGGCCUUGGACGUGUGGGCCACGGGGGUCACGCUGUACUGCUUUGUCUAUGGGAAGUGCCCAUUCAUCGAUGAUUUCAUCCUGGCCCUGCACCGCAAGAUCAAGAAUGAGGCCAUCGUGUUCCCGGAGGAGCCAAAGGUCAGCGAAGAGCUCAAGGACUUAAUCCUGAAGAUGCUAGACAAGAACCCUGAAACAAGACUCGGGGUGCCAGACAUCAAGUCGCAUCCCUGGGUGACCAAGAAUGGGGAGGAGCCCCUUCCCUCGGAGGAGGAGCAUUGCACCGUGGUCGAGGUGACGGAGGAGGAGGUGAAGAACUCAGUCAGGCUCAUCCCCAGCUGGACCACAGUGAUCCUGGUUAAGUCCAUGCUGAGAAAGCGUUCCUUUGGGAACCCGUUUGAGCCCCAGGCGCGGAGGGAAGAGCGAUCCAUGUCUGCCCCGGGAAGCUUAUUGUCGAAGGAUGGGUGUGGUGAAGGAGGCAAAAGCCCGGAGCUCCCCGGCGUCCAAGAAGAUGAGGCUGCGUCCUGAGCCCCUGCAUGCGCCCAGGGCCGCCCGGCAGCACGCUCAUCCUGCGCCUCCAAAGGCCCACUGCCCUCAUGCCAACAGCCGCCCCUGCGGGCAGGGGGCUGGGGACUGUGGCCCCUCUCCCGGCCCUCCUCCCCUGUCGUGCUGCAUGACCUCCACAAGUGCGUGUCCAGGGACAGGAUCGGAAUGUGUGUCACCUGGGGUUUGCGGGGGUAGGGCUCCCACAAAGCCUUUUGUUUCGUCCUGGGUCUCCCUGGCGGGACCCAUUCUUUGGGGAAGCUGGGUGCCCGUGGUGCCUUAGAAACCUCACCGGCUGGUUGGCAAGGCCCAGGGGCAGGAGACAGGAAACCAAGAUGACAGGUGGAAGCCUCGUUUGCUACCACUGCAGAGGCCGGGUGGGCGUGGCUCA